GAAAGGGAAAAUUUGCGGGAAAUGUGUCCAUUGUUGUUGACUUCGAUCACCGGAAGGCGGAACGAUCCUUCACUUGACUUGGUGAAAUAGAAGGCCUAAAUGCGAAAGUAGGGAACUUCCACUAUCGCUUCAAAAUGGGUGUCACAUCCGAGGAAAUAGCAGACGAAUUUGAUGCUUUUGGGGAGCAAAUUGACGAUGAUGAACUACUGAAAUUGCAAGGAAUGUGCAAAUCCUGGAGCAUUGAUGCUAAUCGUAUUGUGAAUGAAUGGAUGGCUUUCUCUGCCUCAAGGAAAGUCAACUUGUCAGUGGAUACGUUGGAUGUGUUUGAUCGAGAAUGGCUGCUCAAGAAACUUCAGCUGUCGCAAGAUAAGACAAAAACCCCUCAGGACAAGAAAGGAAAAUUUUAUACCAAAGAGAACAUUAGCAGUGCCUUCGAAAAUGAUGUUGAAAUUCUUGGAUCAUAUGCAACACCUGAAGAAAAGUCUCAAGUAACACAGGCAGCAAAACGUCAGCUCACCCCCGAAGAUCUCAAUUCCUCCAAAAGGCGACAGCUUGGAUUAAACAACAAAAGUCCAAUGGUGAACGGGUCCUACUCCCCAGUUGCUAUUUCUCCGGCUGGAGCCACACCGUCUGCGAAGUUUUCAUCUCGGUCCAAUGCAGGCGAUGUGGUCAGUGAAUUUGGGAACACCAGCAACGUCAAAUGGACCGGAGAGGGACAUGGCUGUAAAGUCACACAUUAUGAUCCAGAUACAGAGUUGGCUGCCAAAAUGAAAUAUAUGUUUCACAAAAUGUCGGAGAGAGGGGGCGUUCUCAAUGAUGUUGUUCAAGAGAUGGGCACAGUGCUGCAAAAUGCUCACGGUAUUGAGGACUACGCUCAUCUUGCUUUGCCAUGUCAGGAGGCUGUCACUGUGUGCGGCCGUGUGUGCUGCGACAGCAUCGGCAAAUUGAACAAACAGUCGGUGUUGCUGGAGGGAUCUCGAGAGACGUCAGCCGGGAAAUGUAUCAGCCUUGACCUAACGGAUCUCAAGCAGUUCAGCCUUUUCCCAGGACAGGUCAUCGCCUGUGAUGGUGUCAAUAUAACAGGCAAGAAGUUCAGUGUUCAUAAAAUCUAUGAUUCUGUUCCAAUGCCAUUCCCAGAAGUCACUCCGGAUUUAGAAAAUGUGGGCAAUCAGCUGAGAGUGAUGGUUGCAGCGGGCCCGUAUGCUCCAAGCAACAGCCUUGAUUACUCCCCUUUGUCGGACCUCAUCAAAUACGUCAAUCGAGACAGACCAGAUUUGGUUGUGCUGAUGGGACCGUUUGUUGACCUCAAGAAUACACUGAUAAGUACUGGAGACGUUGAAGAAAGUUUUGAUGAAUUAUUCACCAAGCAGAUGGUGGAAAUCGGGAGAGCCACUCAAGAUUUGGGCUGCAAGGUCGUCGUGGUGUCUUCGAGCCGUGACGUCCACCACUGCAGCAAUGUCUACCCACAACCUCCUUACAGCAUCAGCAGCCAUCUGGCAGACGGUUCACAGAGGCCGACAUCAGAACUGGAUGUCCUGCAACAUCUGAUCUUUGUCUCCGAUCCGGCCACUCUCAGGGUCAAUGGUGUUGUUCUUGGCCUCACGUCCACCGAUUCUUUGAUGCACUUGAGCAAGUCGGAGCUGUCUGUCGGAGCGCCUGGCGGGUCUGACAGGAUGAGUCGUCUUGCUCAGCACAUCCUCCGUCAGCGCAGCUACUAUCCUUUGUACCCACCGUCGGAGGACGUCAACGUGGACUACGGGAUGUGGGAGGCCCACGCCCAGCUGCCUGUCAUGCCACACCUGUUACUCAUGCCCUCUGACCUCAAAGCUUUUAUCAAGGACGUCGAUGGCUGCUGUUUUGUGAAUCCUGGUCGCUUGACCACCGGCCUUGUGGGUGGAACGUAUGUCAGAAUGGUCAUUGAUGUCCCAACCCUCGCUUCUUCAUCAUCGCCAUCAUCGUCAUCUCCUCCCUCCUCAGCCUGCCGGGCACAGAUCGUGAAAGUGUAGUCAUGAACAUUUGUGUCUUCCCACCCAUUGUUUGGUCUUAAUCUAUUUUGUUUUUGUUGGGUUCUUUUUUCUUUUUUACAUACAACUGCAUGUGUAAGAUAGCUCAAUGAAAUGAAUGAAUCUUGAAUUGUAAAUAUCUGUUGAUAUAUGAGACCUGGAUAGAUUUUAGAUUUGACUUGUUUGAAGCUUCAUGAUUAGAAGGUUAACGGACACUCUCUCUUAGCGGGUGGUUGGCGGGUGCUCUGGUGUGGUCUGCUCCUUCUUUCCUAUCAAACACCUAUCAUCCUUAUCUACCCUCCUUCUUUUUUAUGUUUGUUACGGUACUCGCUUGUAACACCUCUAAUCUUCUGGCGCUCAUAUGACCUUACGCAGUUGCGAGCGCCGAAAAACCUCUACUAAAACAAACUAAACUCUCUCUUAUUUACAACAGAGGCAAAACAGUUGAGCAAGAGUUGAGAAUGUUGUUACUGUUAUUGCUGAUAGACGUUAUAAAAAAAAAAGAUUGUAGAUACUGAAAAUAGCAUUUGUUGUCCUCCCCCCCCCCCCCCCCAUCGACCAUCGAUUCACUUUGCUCCUCCUCGACACUUGACUGUGCUUCCAAUCUUCCGUAUUUUUUCAGAAAAUCCGUACUUUCUGACAGUUCUGUACUUGCUCCCUCAUUGUUAUCAACUCCAUCCGUAAAAAAAAGUGAUGGCGAUAGCGUAGGGCUACCGAAAUUCCGUGACAAAGGAUCCGUACUUGCCUUCGUAUCGUCUCUUAUAAGUUCCGGAUACUUAUGGUAAUUCUCGGCAAUAAGUUAAUGUUAUAGGAACCUGCCACAUUGCGCAUCUGUAAUCAGCCGUUGUCCUGCUAUACAUUCUUUGCGGGUAGGUCUGUAAUAUAUUUUUUUACCUCCAAAUUGAUCGAAAUCUGGCUAGCCAUGAUAGCGAACUUUCUGUGCCAAUUUCCUCCUUUCUUUCUUCAGUCAUUCUUUCUGUCUAUCUUCAGAUUGUUGCAGCUGCUGGAAAAUCUGCGAGUUAAUCAAGUAAAUUGGCUUGUGAUUUUAGAUAGAAAAUCACUAUUUAAAAAAAACUUUUUUUCAAAUUUUUCUAGGUCUCGAGUUGUUGUUAUCGAUCCAGUCUAGGUCUAGAGAAAUUGUUUGUGUGAUGAUUUUAUGGGAGCAUGAUAAGGGCUGCGAGGAAAUAAAUUUAUGCUUCAACUACUAAAAUCAAGAAUAAUUCGAAGUGGUGUUCCGGGGUGGUGACAUUUGACUUUCAAACAUAACAAUGGAGGAAAAUUAGAGUAUAACUGUAUUGUCAAGGUGCAUGUCUAUUCUGAUUCAGUAUUUCCAGGUUUGCCUUCAGUCAAUGAUGCGAUGACAAAAUACAGUAGAACACGACUAUUGCGGCACCCGCUGCAGCGGGACCUGACCGGAAUCCCCUGUUUUUCUCUAUGUAAACUCAGUUACCUGUGCUUGGGUUUAACGGGGCAAGGACAUGCUGGAAUUUGGAUACAGUGGGAGAGAUCGAGCUAGCUCUAGCUAGGAGGAAGGGGGUUGGGAGGUGGGGGGCUGUAGGCGGGCUCCAUACAGUCAGUCAGCGGUGCGGCGUUGUGAUUGGCCAGUCCAGUGUUGAGUAAGGUGGGGCAGGCAGCAGACAGAGAUGGUAUUGAGAGACGCGUUACGUGAGCCACUUCAAAAGUGAUGUGCCAAAAAGUAAAAGAAGAGGAGGGCGUGUAGUGUGUGAUUAUUCAGUAAUUCUCCUUUGCAUUCUAAUCUUAUACUAGCGGGAACUUGACUACGUCGGGAUUUUUCUUCUGACACUAAAAGUCCGGCUAUAGUCAUGUUCUACUGUAAUUGACGGAAUUACAGUAGUGAUGCCAAUGGAAACCUGCCUUUAAAUAUUGCCAGCAAGGGAAAGAUAUGAAGGUUAAGAAAUCAAACACUUCAAAAUUUCGGUGAAAUAAUAGGUGUUUUGAGUUGUUCGCAAUCUCUGCAAACUCAAACAGGCUCCCAAAUGCCAUUUUCAACCCUCUUCAAUACCCGGCAGAAUUUUCCUUAUUUUUGCAGUAUAACAUAAACAUGGAUAGCUCGAAUUCGUUGGGACCAGCCUCGGUAGUUCGAGGGAUAUUUUACAAAGAUGGAGGUGCAAAAAAAAUGGGACCAUGUGCACUGUUCGACUGGUGCAUAAUUUUGAGUCUUCUGUGUUCGACCUAUCCUGCUAUACUGUAUAUGUCUCUUCCAGCUUCCAUUUGUGAUUGCCUUAGACUGGUGGUCUUUAUACGAGCGUUUAUUAUGGGUUUGUUAUGGAAACUGGAGUGUGUCGGGGCAAUACAUGUGUACCUGACGAUGGAGCUGAAUAAAUGGGGCACAGACUGGCAUGUAGUAUGAAGCACGUGUCGUGUGUUUGUUCAAGUUAUGUUUGUCUUGUGAUAUCCAUGUAUUGUGUCUGCGUGACUUUGACGUAACCUCUAAAUUAUUGCAUGUAUACCUUUGACUUUUAUAUCCCCAAAGGAUUAAUAAAAGUGGUAUAUUAAUAUUAUCAUUA